UAGAGUGGGCCCUCCCUUUGCCAAGGCAUGAAGGCAAGGCUCUGUUUGGCAGGCUGGCUCUAGGGACUCUAGGCACAACAAGAUCCUCAAGCUGCUACUUCCUUCCUCCUUCACAAGUGCUAUGGGGGGGGCAGCUGCUCUAGAGCAGCGAUUGCUGUAAGAGUGGCUCAUGUGACACAGCGGCUUCCUGCAUGUUUCCUGGUGUCUGUGCCGGCAGCAUUUCAGUAAGUGACACACUGGGAUCUGCACUUGGUAGCUCAGCCCUCAUCCAUCAUCCUACGGCCUAGCCCUUCUGGAAGGAACACUAUGCUGCGCCGCAAGCCGUCCAAUGCAAGUGAGAAGGAGCCCAUGCAGAAGAAGAAGCUCUCCCUCCAACGUUCCAGCAGCUUCAAGGAUUUUGCCAAGUCCAAGCCCAGUUCCCCUGGGGUGAGCGAGAAGGAAUUUAGCUUGGAGGAGAACAUCCCUGAGGAUGCCCUUGGAAGUGCUGCUUCAGAGGACCCCUCCAAAAGCAGUGGAAUGAAGCUGGGCAAGAAGUGGAGGGCUGUAAUCUCCCGCACCAUGAACAGGAAGAUGGGCAGGGUGGCGGUGAAAGCGCUGUCUGAAGCGAAGGGGGAAGCUGGAGAGGAGGGCUCCAUGUCACCCCUAUCUCUGGACAGCAGCUUGGAUGAGCAGAGUUCUGAGAAGAUGCCCUUGUCCUACGUGGAGGCGGAGGACAGCGUACACUCGCAGCUUAGCCGCCAGCUGUCCAGUGGAAGUGAAGUGAUCAGCCCUAGCUACACAUGCAACAACCGUGACAGCCUGAGGAUGGAGGAGACCAGCCCACCAUACACUGGCCCCUUCUGUGGUAAAGCUCGUGUCCACACGGACUUCACCCCCAGCCCAUAUGACAAGGACUCUCUGAAGCUCAGGAAAGGGGACAUCAUCAGGAUCAUCGAGAAGCCACCUGUGGGCACCUGGACUGGGCUCCUGAACAACAGAGUGGGCUCCUUCAAGUUCAUCUAUGUGGACAUCAUCCCUGAGGAAACUGUGCCCGUACGGAAGAGCCGCAGGCAGAGCAAGAGCAAACGACCCAAGCCCAAGACCCUGCAUGAGCUGCUGGAGCGCAUAAAUCUGCAGGAGCACAUCUCCACCUUGUUACUGAAUGGCUACCAGACCCUGGAGGACUUCAAGGAGCUCCGGGAGACCCACCUGAAUGAGUUGAAUAUCAUGGACCCCCAGCACCGUGCCAAGCUGCUCACAGCUGCUGACCUGCUGUUGGAUUAUGACACAGCCAGUGAGACCGAAGAAGGAGAGAGCUCUGAGCUACACCCCUCACCCUUGGACCCCAAAGGGGAUAUUCCCCGUGACUCGGGCUGCUUCGAGGGAUCAGAGACACUGGAGAACAGCCGAGAUGAAACAGAGCUGAACAGCACAGAGGAGCAACUUCAGGCUCUCUCUCUGGAACAAUCCUCCUGAACCCACCACCCUGCCUUGCCCGAGCCUCCCAGAACUGCCCCGUCCAGGCACUGAAUCUGCUUGGCCAGGGGCCACCACUGGGACACUGCUCAGGCCCCCACCAGUAUUGGGAUAUGUCCAAAGCGGGACAAAUUCUCCUUUGUUGGCACUGCGAGUGCCACAGGAAGGGACACUGGGAACAGUUCAUGGCUGCCACAAUUCCCACACCAGGAUAGGCCUCUCCCCUACGAACUGUGCCAGGGCCUACCCCAAGCCACUGUUCUCCUGGCAGACACAGGACCUGCUUCUGUAACAGUUUACUUUUAUGCCACGCCCCCCUCCCCCUGCCAUCUUCCUAGCCACAAAGACUCUUAAUUUGUUCCUCUACCCGGUCCCAACUGCUUCCUGCCUCCUCUGCCAGGCCUCUGCUGGUGGUAGGGGCCUCAACUAGGUAGCUGCCUAGCUCUUUCCCCAAAGGUCAACUAUUACGCCAUGCACACCCAGGCAGAUACUGCAAGCCUUGUUGCUGUGUCGUUUGUGCAGUGGGGAUGCACUUCCCAGCUGAAGACCCCCAGUAUCAAACACAGGCUACUCUGGCAACUAUGUACCAGUGGGUGGGUGGAAGCAUUCUUCCCUACUGGGACAGGCAAUUACAGGUGGAGGUAGCAGCUGAUGCUGGAGGGGGGAUGGGCCCAGGCACUGAGUGAGGAGGUCUGAGACAUGGGUUUCUAGGCUGAUCCAGGAGUGGUGUAGACAGGUUGCAGGUAACAGUAAUGGCUGUCAUGACCAAACCUGUCUCCUUAAGACACGGUGGAUGGACAGCUGUGAGAGAAGCUGUAGCCGCCUUUCUGUAGUAACAGGCAUUUUUCACUCCCAGCAAAGUGUGGCUGGCUGUGUUGGGAGCAGGUUUAACAGAGAGCAGAGAUCAGGUCCCAUAGCUGGUUGUUUUUGGUCAGAGGACAGCAUAGGGCUUGAAAUGCAGCCAUGCUACAGCAGCUCCCCUGACUAAAGUCUUGAGUUGGCUCAGCACAGCAAAGCUGCACUAGGCUAUUACUCCCCCAUCUCAGACAUGAUUCUGGGGCCAGCACAGCAGUGCUUGUUUGGGAAGCUGGAAAGAGGCGUAGCUGUGUCUCACAACACUGUCUGUAAUUGGAUCAGACUCUUGCACAAGACCGAUCCUCCCUCUGCUGCAGGAAUGGGGCUGGUCAGAGGGGGGCAGGCUAAGCCUGCCUGAGUAUGAGGUGCCUGUCCUAAGAAUGGAAAAAAGAGGAAGGGAGCAGAUACAGAGAUUAUGAUGCUUUUGAAUCCUCAGCAUUUGCUCCACGUAUCCCCAGGACUGCAGCCAGAAGAGGAAGAGCAACUCCUGCCAGGUGCAGAGCCACCUCUACAGAGCUCACACUUCACUUUAGGUGGCCCCCGACCAACAGUCCCAGCAGCACUGUGGGACAGACAAACUGAUUAUGAGUGCAGCUAACGGUGCAAUAGAGGCCAAUGGCAUGCAGAGGAGCAGGGGCCUACCCAGCUAAAGAACUACAUGCUUCGUCCCAAUCAGGACUGGGCCCAUGAGCAACUCUGACAAGAUCAUCUUCACUGAAGUUGUUUUCUGGCUAGCUUUCCACUGGGAUAACAAGCCAAGAAACUAAGUUCAUGCCCAACUCAGGGAAGGUCUCAUGUUCUUGGCACAUCAUUUUGCACCAGAGCAGGGUUCCUUUGCAUCUUAUCUACACAGUCACGGGCCAACUCAUCCCAGAAGACAAGGUUGCAACACCCACAGCUAUUCAUGGGAAUUAUAUAUGCUUAAAUCAGGUUCCAUCUGGCCCAAGGGCUGAGUCUCCAAGCCUGUGACUUCUCAGCCUGUGUUCCAGCCAUGUAGGUUUAGGCAUUUAACUCACUACCUUGUGCUUCAUCUCAAUAAAGCAUGCUCUGCUACCCAGCACUCCACAGCCUGGUCUCAUGUCUACCUCGACCAUAGUAAAAGAGCUUUAGAUCCUAGGCAGCACCCCCUCACAGGGGGUGAGUUGGCGCAAGGCCAUUUUCCCUUGGGCUGCAGCCAGUUCAAACCCCUCCCCAGAAAGAAGCUGCCAUCUCGCAUUCCACUGCAGUAUCUCUUCAUGGUCCUCUCAACACUGGAGGGUCUCCAUAAGACCCUGCUCCAUCACUCUGUCCCCCUUAACUCUCCACACACAUGCAGCUAAUAAUCCAAAUUGUUGGCCCUUCUUUGAGCCAGCUACAGCUGGGAUUCUCAAGAGAAACACAAGGAUGGAGCUGUCCCCAUUAUAAACAGUAUAACAGAGAGAGUAAGGAGCAAGGAACUUUUUUCUCUUGAUCCUGAACUUGCACAUGUGCUAUAUAUUAAUUUGUCUGCAUGGUGAAGAUGGUGGAAGGUAGGUUGCAUAAAAAGGCCAUGGAGGAACCAGUACAGCAUGAAGCAGGAUGUGGCAGAGAUCAUCAGGAUGUUUACAUGGCAGAAGGAAACUGCUGAAAUAGCCCCACAAUCGCACACUGAGAAGUAGUACAGACAUGGGAGCAGGGUACUGUGGAUGAGUUAAUCUGUUCUGCUUCUCAGAACAGCAAGAUCAGUGCUGCACAUACAUGGCUAUACUGCUUUUGAUUCAGUGCUAGCACCGAGCUAGAUCCAGGUGGUGCUGCCUUUGGCCAUGCAAGCACACCCUAGGUCAGACCUGCCCUGCCAUGGGUGUUAUGCAAGAUUGGACUUUGCAUCUAGCUGGAAGACUUUGCCCUUGUAAUGUCUCCUUGGCUUCCGUGCUGAGCUGUCAUUUCCCAAGUCCAAUGAGCUGCAUUACCUCUAAGCUGUGUGGUGUCCACAGCUGCACAGGUGCACCCGGCAGGUCAGCAUGAGCACACCUGUGUGGCUGCGCAGCUUAGAGGGAAUGCUGGAUAGGCAGAGGAAAUACCCUCUUUGGGAGUAAGUGAAAGCUCCCCGUCACAGGAGGGAAGUAGACCCUCCAGCAGUAACCUGGAGGGCCUCACAAGCACAGCUACCUUCAGCCCCUGGGGUCAACAGGGCCACUGGCUCUGACUGGUAUCCAGAGAAAGGCAGGAGUCAAAAUAGUAAAGUAACAAUGAAGUGCAGCAUCCUUGGUGGCUGGCAGAGGGGAGACGUCCUUACCAUGAGACCCAGUAAGGAGCACAGAACAGGGCUGUACACCACCAGCUGGCUGAGCUGCACAGAAGGGCCUGGUGGGGCAGAGUAAGGUGCAGGCAGACACAGAGAGGCACAGGCCACACCUCAGGGGUUUUCAAACUGAUUAAGAUUCCUUCAUUACUGUUUCCAAAAAGGCUUCCUUCACUGAGAACUUGAACAGAGCAGACAAGGAGCAGCAGGUGCCACCAGCGUCUGUGCCCUGCCCCGUGGGCAAAGUUUAACACGUAACAUUAGAAAAUAGAUUAGUAAAAACAAAAAUACAUUUUUUGCAACAAGUAAGAGAUUUGGUCAGUAGUGUGGCAGGACAGGCGGGAGAGGACUGGCUGCUGCCCCCACCACAGUUUCAGCACAGGGCACUAGCAUGGGCCAGGGCAGAGCACCAAUAGUGGCAGAUACCUGAGCCUAUGCUGCAGGAAUAACGGUUCCAGAGAGUAGGAUAUGGGGAACCAGAACCUGGCUGAGGGCUCAGCAAUACUAGAAGGUCAGUCAGACUCAUGGCUCCUUCUCUGUGUUCAUCCACAAUGAGGAGGCAGAUCUUGGAGGGGACAGGCACUAGGAAGUACUGCCUGCAGUGCAGUUGAGAGGAAAUGGCAGCUUUGAGCCCUGCUCAAGGUGUAGGAAAGAGAGAAGAGCAGACAUGCAAAAAAUUUAGCCCCUGCUUGCAGGAUAGAUCAGGAUCACACAGAGAGGUCCUUUAAGGGCUGAAUGGACAUGGGACCAGGUCAUCCAGGCAAGCAAAGCUAAGGGAAUCCUAAUGAAUAGCAAGCCUGUGCAUCCUACUCUUAGUAGCAGGAUGGAAGUCCUACCUCCUGCUCCUCCCCAAAAUCUACACAGCACUACUCUCAGGCGGGGUGGGGGGGAAUGCUGCUGCCUACCAAGGGAGUUUUUGGUAGGCAGCAGCACCCCCUGCCCCAGAGAGCUCAGUGCUGCUCUGCACACAGACUGCAGGGGCAGGAGAUGGAACAUGGUGCAGGUCACCCAUCCUAAGCAAAGCGGAGCAAAUGAAACAUCAAACUCAAUGUCAACUGAGAAACGCACAGAGCAGUGGGCAUGGGGGCAAAGGAGUGGGAGGAAUGAGAGAGAAAUAUGGAGCUCCUUAUUAGUGCUGGAGACCCAAGUGACUUGCAGCACUAGGCCCAACUCCUUUCGCCCUCAGCAGCUUGCAGGGAAAGUCAAAGUACAAGUGAUAGAGGAGGAGAAGAAAAGGCUGCCCUUCCUUCCUCCAGCAAGUCACCAGGCACUGGUUCUGGGGACAGAUGGAAACUGCCUCAGAUAAGCUGGCAGCAAUCAGCACUGUCUCCCUUGAAGAUGCAUGGAGUACUCACAAAAGGAAUCCUUCUCCAGGGGCUGGCAAUUGCAGGAUUCCCUUGAAAGAGCCAUCUCUAAGAGGGAGGGAGGGAAAGGUAAGGGGAGAAGGAGGAAGUGAGAUGAAUUGCUAUAAAGGAGACAUAGCAGAAUUGUCUUCCAGUACAGAGUUCUCCCAUCCCACUGACUGGGACUAGGUCACAUAGGCCAAGAGCAGUGAGGUGCCAGACAGCUCCUCCUGCAACAGCAGGCCCUGUCCAAUGUGAGCUGCUACAGAUAGGUAGGAUGUGGCCAUGAAAUACUGUGAUGAGGGCUGGGUAUCUAGCAGAAAAAUUCAGUACAUAUGGAGAUCAGACAGAUGGAGUCAGUGAGAGCCAGGGAAACUUGUCCAAGCACUCCACAGUGGCCUACCAGAGCUCCUGAGAGGUCCUGGGAGUUUUCCCAUUUCAUUCCUUGGGUCACAACUAGGGCAAGGCCAAGUCCUUAACAAAACCCCUCUUCAUCAGUAUACAGAGCAGCCUGCAAGCACUAAUGAGCAGGGGAGAGGGAGCUCAGAGAACACUGAAAAGCCAGUGGCAGGGACUGAGAUAGAGGGAGAAAGGGGG